CGCCUCAGCCUGCUGCUCCGCCCGCGCCGCCUGCUCCCGGCGCUCGGCCCCAGCACGCCGGCUCCCGAGCGGCCAUGGGCGGCGCGGGGUUCGCGGUGUAGAGUCCGCCAGUCCCGGACCCGCGUCCCGCACCCUGACGGUCCCGAGCCAUGGGGGUGUUGAUGUCCAAGCGGCAGACAGUGGAGCAGGUGCAAAAGGUGAGCCUGGCUGUGUCUGCCUUCAAGGAUGGGCUACGGGACAGGCCUUCUAUCCGACGCCCUGGUGAGCUUCCAGGGUCCCGCCGUGGCACAGUAGAGGGCUCUGUCCAGGAGGUACAGGAGGAGAAAGGAGCAGAGGCAAGUACCCCAGUGCUCCAAGAAGAGAGCAGUGUCAAUCGUGCAGCUUGGGAGAGGCUCCGAGAUGGGCGUGGAGUGGAGCCAGAGGAGUUUGACAGGACUAAUCGUUUCACACCCCCUGCCUUCAUCCGCCCCACCCGGAAGCUGGAUGAUGACAAGCCUCCUGAUAUCUGCUUGGAGCCCAGAGAACUUGUUGUCAACGAUGAGAUGUGUGAUGUCUGUGAAGUCUGGACAGCUGAGAGCCUCUUCCCAUGCAGGAUCUGCACCAGGGUUUUCCAUGAUGGCUGCCUGCGCCGCAUGGGCUACAUCCAAGGAGAUAGUGCAGCGGAGGUGACCGAGACAGCCCACACAGAAACUGGCUGGAGCUGCCACUACUGUGAUAAUCUCAACUUGCUGCUAACUGAGGAGGAAAUGUACAGCCUCACAGAGACCUUUCAGCAGUGUAAAGUCAUUCCUGAUUGCUCCCUGACACUGGAGGACUUCCUGCGCUACCGCCACCAAGCAGCAAAGCGGGGGGACAGUGACAGGGCUCUAAGCGAGGAGCAAGAGGAGCAGGCAGCCCGCCAGUUUGCAGCCCUGGACCCUGAACAUCGAGGACACAUAGAGUGGCAUGACUUCUUGUCCCAUGAGUCCCUCCUACUUCUGCAGCAAUUGCGUCCCCAGAACUCUCUGUUAAGGCUUCUGACAGUGAAAGAGCGGGAGCGAGCCCGGGCCACCUUCCUAGCCCGGGGCAGCGGGAGCACUAUCAGUGAGGCAGAGUGCCGUGGAGCCCAGCACUCUUGGUUCUGCAAACACCUUGCAGAGGCUCCUUCCUGCAGUGUCAGCAUCAGCCAUGUGGGUCCCAUAGCAGACAGCAGCCCAGCCAGCAGCAGCAGCAAGAGUCAAGACAAGGCUCUGCUGCCCACAGAGCAGGAGUCCAGAUUUGUGGACUGGCCUACCUUUCUGCGGGAGAAUGUUGUCUACAUCUUGGCUGCUCGCCCCAACAGUGCAGCAAUUCAUCUGAAACCCCCAGGAUAGCAUGGAGCAGAGAAGCUCAGUUCAGAGACAGUGGUCUCCCUCCUCUCCUUUUUCUCUUUCCCUCUUUCCCCACCAUCCUCUGGUACUGAGACUUGUGGGGAUGGAGUACUGCCAGCAUCUCAAUUUGACACUAAGCUUUAUGGAACUGAAAUCACUGCGCCCCUCACAACAGAGGCAAUAUAUGCAUUGCUGCAGGGAAAAGCCCUGGGAGCUGUGGCAGUAUCCACUCUUGGACCCAUCCCCCCAGCCCUCACAUCCUAGACUAGACCUGCCACUGCACACAUAUGUGUGCACACACACACACAUACACAUAUGCCUAGCUGUCCAUGCCCACAGAGACCUGGUUCUUCUUGGUUGAGAAAGGACCAAAGUUCCUUUGUGAAGCUCCUGGUGUAGAUGAGAGGGGUCUCUAUUCACUCCUUCUAUUGGCCAGUUCUGAUUUCCAAUAGACAAGUCUCUGGCCAAGUGAUUCUUAAUAAUAGGGCAUCAGACUCACAUGCUGUCCUAGAGAUGCUGAUAGGCUCCCUCUUCCUCAGUUGCAAAUCCCUUCUGUGGUGAGCCACUGUUCUGGUAGGUAUGUGCUAUGUCCCUCAGGUAUGUUGGGGUGGGAAAGUUACUGAAAACCACCACUGCACUUCAGCCUCUGUUUAUUUAAAUUCUAAUUUCUAGUGACAGAGAAGGCAACUAGUCUAUGGAGUGAGUCUUAAUUAGAAGAAGGGAAGGCAGCCCCUCCCAGGAACCCAGGAUUCUAGGAACAUCCUAGAAUGUUCCAGGUCUUUCAAGUCCAAAAGUCUUUAGGAGAACAGUCAAAAACCAAGAUGAGCCAUCCUGGCCCCUGUUUUACAGAUGGGAACACAUGGCCCAGAGCCCAAAGGGCCUGAAUGGAAUAAGUAUGAUCGCAGGAGUCACAGCCCUCUGUAUUAGAUGCUUUACCCAAGUCAACUACCACAGAGACCUGAAGCCUGAUCUCCAAUGAGGACAAGGUUUGGAUGGAAAAUGAGAGGAGAAGUCCUAUGAUUUUCCAUCUUUCCACCUCAGCCCAAACGUAGACCUAGAAGAGCGUGCCAUUGUAUGGAGAACAAGAGCCAGCCUCUUUCACAGCCCAAGAAAGAGCAGCAAGGACUCCUUUCAACCACCCUGACAAGCUGGAGCCAAGAAGAGGAUUUGCAUCUCAGCUCUCUUUCUUUCUCUCUCUCUCUCUUUCUUUCUUUCUUUUUUUUUUGCAUCUCACCUCUUCAGCAGAGAAAGCCCCAGCAAAGCUUCACAGAAGGUUCAUCCUUCUCCCCCUCACUGAGAUAUGGCCUGAGUUGCUGCUUCUCCCUGCUGCUCACUACAUGUCUUUCCCCACCAAGCCUGGUCUCUAAGUCCCAGCUGUCCCCCCUAAGUUCUCAUUAAGUUCUCAAGUCACUGCGUGUUGUGGGUCAGCCCUGGCCCUGGAAUCUAGGUUCUGUUUCCAAUCUGAAUACUAGAGAGGGGGGUUGGUUCAGUCAUGUUAAAGCUAAUAUAGCUCCAUUGCUCAAGGCACUUGUACUGAAUUGGGUGCUAACAGAAGAAGUAGCAUACAGCUCAGUGUUGAGAUGCUCAGAGGAAAGUGGGGAGCUGCAACCAGGGUUGUGGUAACAACACCUUUUGUAGAAACUGCCUGACCUAGAACAGGUUGUGAAGUUUCGGGGUUGGAUUUUUCAGGUCUAAAAUGAAGCAGACAGAAGAUGAAUCUGGCUGGGUUCACGUGUAUGGCCCUGAACAUUUCAAAACAAAAACAGCUUUUUGUAAAUACUGCUUAGCCAUAUUCCCAAGACUGAUCAGUAAGAGGGGCUGUUGUUCAGUUUAGCAAACUGAACACAAAAGUGAAAGCACAUGACUCUUGGGUCCAAGGACUGCCUCUGAAGCAGCCAGACCUGGGGUUUUACACGGAAAAAGAUUAAAGCACAUUCAGCACAGGGGCUCUUGCUUACUCUCCUGGUCAAUCACCUUGUAUGCCAAUGGCCUCGGGCUGCUGGAUCUCACAGAUAGGGCAUUUUGAGUAGAGACAAGCUCUGGGCUUUGUCUGAACAGCUUUUUUCUCCUGCCUCGUCAUCAGUAAUAGGGACUGGAAAUCUAUCUUGUUCCCUGAUUCUUCACAGACAAGGUGAUGCCUACCUCUCUGGAGCUGCAGCUUCUAGCUUUCUGUGGAUGAGUGGUAAAAGACCAUGGGCCAGAUGCAUCUCAGGGCCUGGCAAAGCAGUAUUUCUUUCAUGGUAGGAUCAGGCCCAUUUGGGACUAUUCCUCUUCCUAUUCCAAGACAGCAAGUUUCCUUGGUAAGGGCAUGCUACAGAGGGCCCAGAGGACCCCAGUGUAGAGUUCCCAGUCCACAAGAAUCCUAAGAUGCAGAAAAGCUUGGAGGAGCAACUGGCCUCUUCUCCAUUAGGCAUCUAGUUUUUUACCAAUGAAAAGAUUCCCUUGCUCCCCCAGACCAGAGUUGUAAAAGCCCCACCCCAGCCCCCGUCUGGGAUCUCCCUCUGCAGUGUUCUAAUCCAUGGAGUCCCUCUGCAGUACAUACGAAAAUGUUCAAACUUUUAUAAACCAAGUGAAGCCCAUUCCCUUUACUUUUCAUCAAGCCUUUCCAUCACUGUGACUAUCUGAAAUUCUGCCAAGUACAAAAAGCAGUGUCUGACUCUAAGGGUUUGAGAAAAUGUUCUAGUCAUUUCUUCUUGGCUACCCAGAAUUGAAAUCAAUCUUAUUAUAAACACCACCCACUCCACCCACUAUCAACAGAGAUUAGGGUUUCUCCUCCGAAGACUCCUUGCCCUAAGCCUAUUUUUCACCCAACACCCCUCUUCCCUAUGCUCAGAUUUAAAGACAGGGGCAUCUGGAUGUCAUCCAGACACAGCGGAGCUGCAGGGACAGAAAGUAAGCUGAGGCAGUUAGCUGUGGCUACAUAACCUCUCCAGGGCUGCUCUGUGGCUUCCUCUCCUGAGACCAGGCUUCCUCAACAGAGGUAGGCUCUGCUUUUGAGCAGUGGCCCCUUUGGAUCCCAGAGAUGGAGCAGUUCCCUUGCUCCCAGGUACUGACCCACUCUCAAGUGCUUUUCUUCCUUUGAGAACAGCCAAAGCCAUGAGCACAUUGCCUCUUCCCACCUUCAGCCUAAGUGAUUGGGGCUAAAGGGCAGACAUGCCUUUUUAGCCCUGGUGCUCCCUAUGGGAUGUCACCCUGGCCUUAUUUGAGUGGCCAGAUCUGGGAGUUCCCCUAUUCCUAUCACUAACAUUGGAGGUACAGAAUCAAACUGCCUGGGAAGAGGGCAGCUCUCUGGGGUGUGAGCCCAGGAUUGUGCCUAUGCCUCUUGGUCUGAAGCACAACCUCAACCAUUGCAGGUCUCAUGGCUUCAGUAAGAGUGGUGCAAGGAAGCCCUAAGAAGGAAGCUCAGCAGAAGCUGUAUGGCAGGGCCUCAGGCUAGCCAUGACCACCCCAGAGCCAAGAAUAACCUCCAGGCAGGACUGGUAGCAGGCUCUAGUGAUCCUAUAAGCAUGACCCCUUCGAACUAGCAGAGUAAAGGCAGGUAUAUACUUGGCACUAAAAGAACAACUGGAUGUCAGAACAAUAUCCUGGUAGCACCAGUACCAUAACCCCUUUUCACUCCUCAAUUUACAGUGGAAUAAAAUUGCUACUUUCCCAGUGCCACUUAGUUUGAAUUUGCCCAGAUCUCUCUCCAGGCCCCUGGCUGCAGCUCAGACAACAGAGAACUGGAUGGAGAAUGGAAAAUAUUAAUGCAUCAUACCUGUUCCCUAUAGCUCAGUCCUGGAGUGUGGUAGGACUGGGUAUUUCCCCUGCUGUUACUUUCCUGCUGCCACUGCUUUUGGCAACCUUAAAAGGAAAGAAAAUAAACAGGUAACAGAAUUUCCACUAGACCCAACUAGCAUUAAGGAAAACCUUCCCUCUGAGCCACAUGACCUGAUGACCCAGAUUGUGGACAGCAUGUCACAUCUGGUCUGGGCUAGUGACUAAGAAGUCCAAUCACAUUCCAAUUUGUAUAGCAUGGGUUGGCAUAACCAUAGAUGAGAAUGUCAAGGUAUAAGCAGCAAGGCCUUUCCAUAUCCAUGUGAAAUAAGAGCCUUCAAACGUAUGCUCCUUUAAGAGAUGACUGAUGAUCUGUCUCCCAGCCAAACAUAAGCUUGUGAGGGCAGUUCUGAGAACACUCAAGUAAGUGGAAGGUCCAAUGCCCUCUGGUCCCUCAUGCCCUUCCUAUGUUCUUUUCUGCGGAAGGUAACUUGACAGUAAGCUGAGGGGAACAUCCCCAAGCCCUGUCUUCGCACCAGUACAGCUGCAUGCUCCUCUCCAUGGCUCAGCCUUCACUCUUGAAGGAGCUGAUGCUCCCAGAGGCUGGGCACAGUGGAAAUCAUAAUAAAGAGAUUGCGAUGCUA